UAUAAUUUCAAUAUUGACCCUUUCGAAAGUCCUAUCAUAUCAAAUCAGAGAAUCCAACUCAACACUCUCACUUCGAUAUAUCCGCCUUCUUCUCCCCUUCAUCUCUCAGAGCCAACUGUACCGAUCUCCCGGAGCUCCACCACUCCGGCGAAAACCAUGUCUCAGUCUAUCCAAUUCUCCACUCCUUCACGCACUACUCACCUUCUCCACCUCCCUCAAUCACGAUUCCACCGUCCUCUCACUUCCUUUUCCUUCCGCCAAUUCCCUCUAACCUCCUCCGUCAAGUACACCUCAAUCAGAGCCUCCUCGUCUCCGUCUCCGUCUCCUUCACCGGAUCUCGAUUCCUCCUCCUCAUCAUCGCAGGUCCUUCACUCUCCUAACGGCACUGGCGCCGUGAGAGCAGAGGAGAGAUCCGUCGUAGCUACGGCGGUUUCGACGGAUACGGCUGGGAUUGAAGUCGAUACAGUGACGGAAGCUGAGCUCAAGGAGAAUGGAUUCAGGAGCACGAGGAGGACGAAGCUGAUCUGCACGAUCGGACCGGCGACGUGCGGGUUCGAUCAAUUGGAAGCGCUCGCCGUCGGAGGCAUGAACGUCGCGAGACUCAACAUGUGCCAUGGCACGCGCGAUUGGCACCGCGGUGUUAUCCGCAGCGUCCGGAGGCUUAACGAGGAGAAAGGAUUCGCGGUUGCGAUCAUGAUGGACACUGAAGGUAGUGAGAUUCACAUGGGAGAUCUUGGCGGCGAAUCUUCGGCCAAAGCAGAGGAUGGUGAGAUUUGGACAUUCACUGUUAGAGCUUUUGAUUCUUCUCGACCUGAAAGCACCAUUAGUGUGAGCUACGAUGGUUUCGCCGAAGACGUAAGAGUUGGUGAUGAGCUUCUGGUUGAUGGUGGGAUGGUGAGGUUUGAAGUGAUUGAGAAGAUUGGCCCUGAUGUCAAGUGUCUAUGUACCGAUCCUGGAUUGUUGCUUCCUCGAGCUAACUUGACUUUCUGGAGAGAUGGUAGUCUUGUGCGUGAGCGUAAUGCUAUGCUUCCAACAAUUUCUUCCAAGGACUGGUUGGAUAUUGAUUUUGGAAUUGCUGAAGGUGUGGAUUUCAUUGCGGUAUCGUUUGUCAAGUCUGCUGAAGUAAUCAAUCAUCUGAAAAGUUAUCUCGCUGCUCGUGCCCGUGGAGGGGAGAUAGGAGUGAUUGCAAAGAUCGAGAGUAUCGAUUCACUGACAAACCUGGAAGAAAUCAUCCUAGCAUCAGAUGGAGCAAUGGUUGCAAGAGGAGACCUGGGAGCUCAGAUACCUCUUGAGCAAGUUCCUGCAGCUCAACAGAGAAUCGUAAAAGUCUGCAGGUCGCUGAACAAACCCGUCAUCGUCGCUUCGCAGCUACUCGAGUCCAUGAUCGAGUACCCAACUCCGACGAGAGCAGAGGUAGCCGACGUUUCCGAAGCAGUAAGGCAAAGAUCAGACGCGUUGAUGCUCUCUGGAGAAUCAGCCAUGGGUCAGUUCCCGGACAAGGCUCUCACGGUUCUUAGAAGUGUCAGUCUAAGGAUCGAAAGAUGGUGGAGGGAAGAGAAACGCUACGAGUCUACUCCACUUCAAGCCAUUGGAUCUACUUUCUCAGACAAAAUCUCUGAAGAGAUUUGUAACUCUGCUGCUAAAAUGGGUAUUAACAAAAAUUCAGCUUCUUUUGUUUCCUCAAAAACCAAAUCUUUCGUUUUUUUUUCUCAUUUUUAUCAAAUACAAAAACUUGCAGCUAACAAUCUCGGAGUGGACGCUGUUUUCGUCUACACAAAGAACGGACACAUGGCGUCCUUAGUCUCACGGUGUCGUCCUGAUUGUCCGAUCUUUGCUUUCACGACUACAACCUCGGUGAGAAGAAGGUUAAACCUACAAUGGGGUCUUAUACCUUUCCGUCUAAGCUUCUCAGAGGACAUGGAAAGCAACUUGAACAAAACAUUCUCGCUACUGAAAUCAAGAGGUAUGAUCAAAUCUGGUGACCUCGUGAUCGCGGUUUCGGACAUGUUGCAAUCGAUCCAGGUAAUGAACGUUCCGUAG